CAUCAUGGUGACGAUGAUGUACGGAAGCGGCAUGCCUCUGCUUUACGCGUUUGCAUCGUUUUUCUGCCUCGCCAUCGGCUUCUUCGACAAGAGGUUCCUCCUGAGGGUGUGCCGGCGCCCCCCGAGGUACGGCACCGCGUUGGCGAUGCUCGCGCUCGCCGUCGCGCCGUGGGCGGCGUUCGUGCACCUUCUCUUUGGCAUGUGGAUGCACACGCACUUUCUAACGCCGCUCAUCACGGAAACGGCGGGGGUCGGCGACGAGUACGCAGACGCCGCGUUGUCCGCUACGGGCGGCGGGGCUGCAAACGCCACGGAUAGCGCUUUCAGCGGCCUGCUCUCCUCGGGCGCGACGCUCCAGGACUUGUUGGACAUCGCGAACAACGCGAGUGCGGCGGCGCAGGAUGCGGCGGCGACAGAGUACCCACCGAUUCUGAGCGAGAUUUCAAGGCGAACGAUGCAGACAAACGGGUUCCCGUUUUUCCUGCUGGCGAUCCUCUUCAUCGUGGUGAACGUCGUCGUGAACGUGGUGUCGCAGUUCUGGAAAGCGAUCACCACGUUCUUACCGUGCAUCAACGCGUUGCCGUGCUUCAGGGAGGAGGCGGACUACGAGGGCGUGCCCACCUUUGAGGAUGCCUUCAUGAUGGACAAACUCAUCGGUGCGCACACGUACGAGAUGCGGGAGAUGCCGAUGUACAAGAAGUUCUUCUUCGAGGGCAAGGGUGGAUUCAAGGAGAGGGCCGCGGGAGAUCAGGCUGAUCCUGACACGCCCUUCAAAAAGGGCGAGGAUCCGUACAACGUGGAAGUUGACGAUGACACCGAC